ACGGGCGGCUUUGUGUAGUUAGUGAUGUGUACUGUGAUAUAAAAUUUCGACGGUCGCGUAGAUGAUCGUUCUGAUAGGGUGUGAUACACUUAGUUUAGUUGCCAAAGAUUCCUGAUGAUCUUAUAUAUUAGUUUGUGUUUUAUAUUGGUAGUUUUAGCUGAUCCACUGCCGGGCAAGCAUGUCCCGUUGGAGAGCUACGAAAGCGAGUUGGAGAGAGAGCACGCGCUGCCGACUUCCGUGCCCAACGCGGACAUACUCAAGACUAACAGCAACCCCACGUACCACAAGCCCAGACCGCCCCAGCAUCAUGGAGCCUCCCUGCUGGCGGGCGUCGGGGCGGUGCCUUCGUACGCGCCUCCCGGACGAGCGUUCUUCACACCGCCUUUGCCACCGGAAUACAAAAACCCAUUUGCCGAUAAGCCGACACUUAGAGGCACGAACACAGACGGGAACAAUUAUCUUAACAGGAGGCCCAUACCUCCCCCCUCCCUGGGGCCGGGACACGAGAGGAUACCGAUCAGACCUCCGGGACAGGAGAGCUCUCCCCCGCAGGUGCCGGCGCCGCCCCCCGCGCCCCCCGCCGCACCUGACGUCACACACAGGAAGAUACCGCUCAACACUCCUAGCCAUAAGCCGGACGAACUAGAACCUGACGGUAAACAAUCCCAAGCCAACUUUACGGACUUUGUUCCGAAUUCACUCGACAUUCCUGCCAUAACUCGGAUACUGUCCGGAUCUAACGGCAGGAAAGAGGACAUUCCGGAUGUCCUGCUCAGGACAGUAACGACUAAACCUCAACACAGCCAGGAGAAGACCUCGAAAAGUGACAUUUUUGUUACAAAAGACGUUGGCGUCACUCUCAGUGAUACCAACAAAGACACAUCCACUGAAGGAUCAGUGUUACCAGUCCUAGAUCCAGACAUGAACAAUCUAGACCGGCCGUUGAUCAUAGAUCAAAACGGCGAAACUAAUACCAGGAGAAACAUACAAUAUUCUACUAAAAACGAAACCAAGAAAGAGUACACGCCAGGGACGACGGUAGGGUUCGAGCUAAAAGACCCCGAGAUGUCCACUGAGAGGUACCACAACCUCGCCAACGUCAACUCGGACAAGAAGAUCCUGAAGCAGGAUCCGAAGGGCGGCGGCGCGGUGCAGCGGCAGGGCGCGACCUGGCCCUUCGCCUGGAAUGUGCACAUCUAUUUCGCGACGGUCAUGUUCACGAUAUUGGCCGUCUACUCAAUCUUUAAAAUCAUAUGCUACAAUAAGUUCACCCACCUCUUCACUCAAUACUACUUCAUCAUACUCCAUUUGAUAUUAGUUUUCGUUUGUUUGAUGAGGAUAUUCUACAUGUGCUACGAUCCUUAUAACAUUAAUAAUUCACUACCGAUUUUCAUCAGUGAAAUUUUGCUUCACAUUCCCGAAAUAUUCUUGAGCAUAGCUUUCGCUUGUACCAUCCUCUUCUUGCUCGUACACAGCAUGAACUUCAAGAACAACUGCUGUUCGUUUCUGCUCCGGCCCAGGGUCAUAAUCGCGGGGGGCGGGGUCCACGUGCUGCUGUGCGUGAUGUUGCACAUACUCGAAACCAAUAGCACCAUAUACAAAACGCAGAACUCAGAAAAGAGAAUCUUAGGUCUGACCUGCGAAAUUAUCUUCAUAAUUGCGUGUCUAACUUUAGGUCUGGGUUAUUUGUACGUGUUCAAAAUGCUUAAGACGGUUUUACAAAAGAAAAGUCACACGUACAUAAAUGGCUUCCAAAAUCUAUAUCAGGCUAUACAUAUAAAUUUGGCGACUGCCUUGCUUUUUAUACUAAUGGCAACGUUGCAAGUUUAUGGUAUAUUUGGUAUAAAUCAGGUGAACAUGAGUAAAUUUAACUGGCUGCAGUGGGGGUACCAGUUCUCCUUGAGGCUGAUAGAGAUCAGCAUAGUAGCGUUAAUAUCUUGGGUGAUAAGUUUGAAGGUAGGCGUUGGUCCGCUGCAGCAUGAAAAGGCUGACGGCAGCAAAAUUCCAGGCUUGGGCCUUUUCACGUGCGGGGCUGGAUCUAGUAAUGAACAAUUUGAGUCUGACUAUCCAGCCAUAUGUAAUACUAACACAAAUCUUCAUACGUACACGUUAAGAACUGGUAAACCGAUAUAUGAAAGUGCCGGGCAUCAUCCGAACAUGGUGGAACCAUGUUGUGGACCUAUGGACCACCCAAGGUUCCUCAAUACCUUGUCUGGUCCGUGUGAUAAUAAUUCCGGUACUGAAAAUUACUCCGGCCAUAGUUCUAUAGCUAACGCUGGCCACAGCAGUUCAACGGAAUCUAGCAACGCGGCUUCCAGCCAGGGCGUGACCAACCAUUUGAUCAAGCACCACCCAAAUAUGGGGUACAACGGCAUGGAGUCUGCGUCCGACGACCACUACUCGAACUGCGACCCCGCAAUACAGAGCUUGCAAGGAGACGACCCGUUGGAUCACGAAUACAACGUCAUCCAAUACGGUAGCAACAGUGACUUCAUUCGAGAUAUCAAAAACCAGAACUACAACGGCGGCUCCAACAGGUCCUCGCACAAUUUCAAGCACAUGUCCUACGACAGGACGUCCUCUAGAACGAACAGCAAUCCCCGGAAAAAGCACAGAGCGAAAAACAAAAACGUUCAAAAUUGCAUGACCAUGGGCUACGACUCCGCCGCCGGCCACCACUACCACCAGCCGCACGUGCCGGACGAGUACGGCAACUACAACACAGAGAACGCCUCCUACCACACGUCCGGAAUACAGACCCUCAACCCUAACAGGAACUACAGCAACGAAUGUCCGGUAAGGACCUCGCAGCGUCGGCACUCUCCAUCGACCUCUAUGGUCAAUUCGAGUGGUAGCCAAAAACGUGGUAAGGCGAAUCCAUUCCCGGACAGACCGAAGUCGACUGAUCUGUACGGGUUCGAGGAGCCCGGAAAGUAUCCUCACGGGAUGGGGACGCCCCAGCCGGCUCCGCGGAACUGUAGCUAUGAGGUCUCGUAUUCCCAGCCUCAAGACGAGAUCCCCAACGAGGCGGGCAGCAGCAUGCUGGUGGCGCAAGAUGGCUUCGUCAGGUUCAGGUCGCUGGAAGACGGACCCUCGCAAACCUGAUUCACCAUUAAUCUGUCGAGCGCGGCAGAUGACCUAAGUUUCUGACGAUGAUAUUGCCUCUUAUAAGAGCAAUAAACAGUGAAUUAAUAUAAAUUAUUGUGUAUUUCAGUGUGUAAAUAUAGAUUAUUUUUUAUGUCUAUUAAUUAGUACGCAAAAAUUUAUCGGCGUUACGUGUGACAUUUUCCAAACGCUAAAAUAAAAUUGACCCGUUUUUAAAUAACAGCGACGUGACGUGACGAGAACACGUAACAAAACUCUAGACACGUUUGCACGGACGAACUAUGUAAAAUUGUAAAUGUUUCGUAGCUAGGUUAAUAUUAAGAAUAAUCGACUUAAACAAGGCCUUGUGUAUAUAGCUAAUAAUUUUAGUUCUCGAUCCCGGUACGACAAUGAAUCUACCGCCAUUUUGUGUAACAUCAGAACUCAGAAGUUCAUGAAAUGCCAUCUUAGAUUUUAGUUUUAAUAAUCACGGAAUACUAACACGAAGCUCGGGUUCUCUUGUACAAUUUUGCAAACAACACUAACAAUAUAAUUAAUAGCAGCUAUUCAUGUUAUUUCUGUAUUUAUUUUGACGUAAUACGGAAAUGAAAAUGUUUAUCCGUUGUUAUUUAUCAGAAGUCCGCGCGGCCGCCAUGUUGCAAAUUGUCCUCUAGCAUAACUUGUAUGUGAUAUUGAUGUAAAGGUUUUGUUUCAAACAAAUCUGUCCAUAGUUAAGAUUUAUAUCGUCUUAAUUUUAAGUGUUUUUGUACAAUUUUUUUGGGAUACAAUUCGAAGUGUUUUUUUUUUAAUCAUGAAACCUACGAUUCAUAUAGCAUCACCAUUACCGUAUCGCUUAUUUUAUGUGUUUUGACAGAUGCCAUUUUGUCUCGCAAAAGUGGGUUGUAGUCUUAAAAAAAUGUACAACACGUAAUUUAAUUUCAAACAAUAAUAUAAUAUUUAUACGAACAAUAUUACUUUUUAAAUAUUUAAUGACGAGAAAUUUAUAAUAAAAUGACAUUUAAUUGUGAUUUAUGUCAAUCAAUAUGUUGUGUUGUCAGUAUAAUAAAAAAUAAUUACCGAUAUCAUGAGAAAAAUGAAUUUUUAUAAUAUUGAGUGUUACCAGAUUAGUUUUCACACGAAGCCAUGUUAUUUUUCCUAAUAAAUUAUAACUAGUCAGCAGACUAAUUUUGCCCUGUAGAUUUCAUGACACUAGACAAUCUUCUCAAUCAGGAAACGUAAUAAUGGUAUAGUUAGUACUUAUCAUCCAGAUCGAAUGUUGUCUGAUAAUUAGUUUGUCUUUUUAGUUUAUUAUUAGUAGUAGGGCCUCUGAAGGCCUACAGAGGCUGCUACCGUCUGAUAUGUCAAUAGAUAUCAGCACAGUUCGCGUCUGACGUGCUCGGAGCGCCCGGACACACCGGCCACUGCGAAUUCGUUUGAUUCAAAGUAAAUGGUAAUUGACAAAAGCCAUCGUCAAUCUUUGUGGAUAAUGCGUUGUCCCUUUCUAGAUAUUACUGCACGGUAUUCCAGUUACAAACAAUUGUCCUGCCAUAAUGUUAGUACAGAAAUGAUUUAUUCUUGUUGACAUAUUGAAAAAUAUAAGUUUGAUGUUUCAUUUGACACUUGAUUGUCAAUGUCAUAGUGACAUAUGACGUGUGACUUCGUAUUUUUAUUUAUUUCAGUAAUUUUGAUUUUUCAGUAGUUUUUAAUCGUAAUAUGGGUCUUUCAAAGUUUCGAUUAAAUACAUUUUGAAAUUUCUAUUGAUUCCACAAUUAUAUAAUUUUAUGUACAUAUAUUAUUCUAAUUUAAUUUAAAAAUUCCUAAAAAAGUAUCACUUAAUUUAAUUUAAUUUAAACCUGUUAUGGCUGAAGCAUUUCAACAAUGAAAUUAAUAAUUUUUCUUCAUUUCACGUCUUGAUUAAUCGGAUUGUUGUACAUUUACGUGGUAUUGUUAAAAUUGUUUCAUGUUUACGAAAAAAAAAA